GUGGGUCACAAAUGGUUUUGUGUUAAAAAACUCUUUAAUAUUUUCUGAUCUUUUUUGCAGUGUCCGAUAGUUCUGACCUAGGUGAUUUUGGGAGUAACCUGAAAAAGGCUAUUGCGAGUGUUCCAUCCCAGCAGGUACAUGUACAAGUAGCCAGACCGAGGCCAAUAGCCAGACCAUGACUGAGACUGCCACAUUGAAAUAAUGAGUCAUCACACUCACAGUCUAGGUCCUGAACACCAGCAGCGCAUCUGGUAGUGGUCUGUAAUUAUUUCGACCUCGGUCAUCAAUACCAGCAGCCUCUGGUAGUCGACUUGGGUCAUCGCACCAGCAGCCUCUGGCAGUCAACUUGGCCUUGGGUUAUCAACACCAGCAGCCUCUGGUAGUCAUCAUAGGUCAUCAACGACAGCAGCCUCUGGUAGUCGACUUGGGUCAUCGCACCAGCAGCCUCUGGUAGUCAACAUGGGUCAUCAACACCAGCAGCCUCUGGCAGUCAACUUGGCCUUGGGUUAUCAACACCAGCAGCCGCUGGUAGUCAACAUGGGUCAUCAACACCAGCAGCCUCUGGCAGUCAACAUGGGUCAUCAACACCAGCAGCCUCUGGCAGUCAACUUGGCCUUGGGUUAUCAACACCAGCAGCCUCUGGUAGUCAACUUGGAUCAUCAACACCAGCAGUCUCUCGCAGUCGACUUCCUACCACUCAAAAUAUCCCUGGACUGCAGCCGAGUUCACCAACCGCCACUGCUACUGAAGUGCUGCAUGCAUCGAAUGCAUCCACUAUGAGUGUGAGUGUGAGUGGGCCAAUGUCUAUGUCUGAUGAGAGUAAAGAUGAUCACGAGGAUGCCGUUAUCCUGAAUAAUGAGCCGCUGCCCGACAGUAAUUUGAGGAAUCUGCUUGCAGUUCAAGAUUUGGAAUUUUUGCAGAGCCUCGCUUCUGAUCAAGGAAGGGAAUCAGAUAGAAGACAAGCGCAGUUGAAUAUGAGGAUGGCUCGAACACAAAGGAGGAGGAGAGCAGCUGCUCAAGAAGAGAGGAAAGAGCUCCUGUUUAUUUUGUUGAAGGAUCCAGCUCAUCACCUGCUGUGA